AUGAGGACGAUUCUAUCACCGCGAUCACGGGCUACAACAGCUACCUUUGAUGGUACGGACAUUGGAGGGGAGGAACAGGAAGAGGUGGAUGUUCUGUACGAAAACCAACGCGGAUGUUUCUUCUGCGGUAUUCCGUUGUUCUCAUCAGCGGGUUUGUUGAAUUUCGAUCCCUCACCGUGGACCCGUCUCGCACCCACCCGACAUGUCCAUUCCCCGGUGACGGUAGCUGACGCACAACCACCCGAUCCGACGUGGACGUGGGCUUGGCCGAGGUGGUUCGUGGAUAUGAGUCAGGAUGUGGACGAUAACGGGUGGUCGUACUCAUUCCAGUUUCAUGGUACGAGAUGGCAUGGGACGCACAUCUGGUUCCAAUCAUUCGUGCGCCGGAGACGAUGGGUACGCAAACGAACACGACAACUCCCCAUUUCAACCCAAAAUCCCCUUCAACAAUCCGACGGCAGCCGCAUCAGCGCCCCAGUCGAGGAUUACUGGACCGUCUACUCCGCCGCCGAACGCGAAUCCCGGUUUCAGAGUAUGUUUGCCGGCCCAGACGACGGAGGUCCCGCCGAUGACGACGACGAAGAUAUCCGAGACGUGAAUGCCCUCGAACGCGCACUCAAACGCGCACGGCUUGACCGCGAGAAGAUUACCGCGUUACGGAAUUUCUUGCAUGACGCUCCGACCGAAAUCAGUGUCCUCGCCCCCCGCAUACCUACUCUCCUCUCUACCUUCGUCUUUCAAUCCUCCCGCACUGAGGUCCUGAAACUUCUCGUUGCA